AUGCAACCCAGAAUUCGGUCGUUGAGAUAUCUUUGCUCCCGGAAAUUUCAUAUCUUUUCCAAACCCCAACCUCAAACCCUCCUACAAUUCAAACAGAAUCAACCUUUGAUCUUCAUUAACGAAGAAUUCCUUUCAACUUUCCGAACUUUUCACAACCAAACUCAUCAAAGUUCAAAGAAUUUCAGUGAAGGCGAUCAAGAACUCCUCCCGCCGGCGAUACUAACUACAGAUGAGCAAUCAGCCAUGGACAACAAAGCUCUACAAAUUCAAGACCUUCUCAAACAAAUGAGCGAGCACAAAACCGUGAAUGAAAUCGAACAAGCUCUCACUGGAUUGGGGUUGUCGCUAAAUGAGGAUCUUGUGCUUAACGUGCUUCGCCGGAACCGUUCCGAUUGGAAGCCGGCUUAUAUGUUCUUCAAUUGGGUUUCUAGCGCUAGUGGGUACUCACCUGGAACCGGUUCCUACAAUGAAAUCCUCGACAUUUUAGGACGAAUGAAGCGUUUCAAUGAACUCUGCCAACUGCUCGACGAAAUGUCUAAGAGAAAUAAAAGUUUGAUCAAUGAAAGAACCUACGGCAUUGUGGUGAAUCGUUAUGCAGCUGCUCAUAAGAUCGAGGAGGCCACCGAGUUUUUCUACAAACGAAUAGCAUUUGGUCUUGAUCUUGAUCUAAUAGCUUUUCAAACACUCCUAUUAUCAUUGUGUCGAUAUAAGCAUGUCGAGGCUGCCGAGUUCUUGUUCCAUUCCAAGAAGAACGAGUUUCGGCAUAACAUAAAGACCAUGAACAUCAUCCUUAAUGGAUGGUGCGUUUUGGGUAGUUUACGCGAAGCAAAGAGGUUCUGGAAUGAUAUCGUUACAUCUAAACACAAGCCGGAUAAGUUCACAUAUGGUAUCUUUAUCAAUUCAUUGACCAAGGCCGGCAAGAUAAGCACCGCGGUUAAGCUGUUCCAAGCCAUGUGGGCAAAAGGGUGCACCCCGGAUGUGGCUAUUUGCAACUGCAUUAUCGAUGGGUUGUGCUUCAAGAAACGGAUACCCCAAGCUCUCGAAAUAUUCAAAGAAAUGAACGAGAAAGAUUGUCGUCCUGAUGUUGCUACGUACAAUUCUCUCAUCAAACAUCUAUGCAAGAUUCGAAGGAUGGAAAAGGCGGACGAGCUUUUGAAGGAGAUGAACAAGAAGGGCGGGGAUUGUUUGCCGAAUGCUAGGACUUACGGGUACUUGUUGAAUUCGGCGAAGAAGCCAGAAGAAGUAGUGGAAAUCGUGGAGAGAAUGGAGAGAAACGGUUGUAAGAUGAUGGCGGAUACGUAUAAUUUGAUUUUGCGGCUUUUUGUGGGGUGGGAGGAUGAAGAAAAGGUGAAAUCGACGUGGGUCGAGAUGGAGAGGAGUGGGUUGGGACCGGAUCAGAGAUCGUACACGAUAAUGGUCCACGGGCUCUAUGAAAAGGGUCGGAUAGAGGAAGCUAUGGCGUAUUAUGAGAAGAUGACAUCAAAGGGAAUGGUAUCGGAGCCACGAACCAAGUUAUUAGUCGAUGCCAUUAAGAUCAAGCUCGAGAAUAGAGAUCAGAAAAGCAUGGCACAAUUGUGACGAGCUAUUUAGUUCAAUGACCUUCUCGAGAAGCCGGUUCUUGUAAAAUGACCCUCCAAUGUAUUUUUCUAGUUUUUUCGGGUGCUUUUUUACAUCAUGAGCCAGGUCAAAUGAACGUAACUGCGUUAAAAAUAAUUAAAGACUAUUUUUUAAUUGAAAACUCAUUUAAGGUCGUUCAACAAAAGUGCGCAGUUAUGGCUCUGAAACUAAAGCAUCCGGGUUCAAGUAAUGCACAUCUUUGUGCUUUUAACACUCAUUUUAUUAAGCUUUGUAUGAGUUAAGUUUGUCUUUAUUAGAAGACUAGAAACUGAUGGGU